UCGCCGGGGCGCCUGUCUGCGGGCUGCUGGCGGACUCUGUGGGCCGCCGACUGCCGCUCGGCCUGUGCCUGCUGCUCCACUCGGCGAGCUGCUUCGCGCUGUGCCUCGCCCGGGGCCUGCCGCACCUCGCCGCCUGUCGCUUCCUGGGCAGCCUCAGCUCGUCCGGGGCAAUUGCCUUGGCCCUGACCUACUUAGCCGAGAUGCAGACUUCUGCCACCAGAGGAGCUGCUAUCAGCUUCAUGCAGAUAUUCUGGGUCGUGGGCUGCCUUAUUCUGACAGCUUUACCUUUCCAUUGGACUACACUUUCAGCAAUGGCGGGAGUACUUCCUCUCGUUCUAGGUCUACUGGUUUGGAAGUUACCCGAGAGCGCAAGAUUCCUGUUUUCUAAAGGCAAGACUGAAGAAGCCUUGGAAUCAUUGCGCAUUAUGUUCGCAAUGAACACCAAGAAGGACAAGGAACAGUUUCCGGUGCAGGCUCUGCUCGCCGACGAAAGUCUGGAAGAGGUCAGCGCGCGGGUGGCGGGCGACAAGCUGGUACCCGGGUACCUGCGGCCGAAGAGAUUCUGCAUUCCGGUACUUCUGUUCGCACGGUUCGUGUUCGUUUUCGGGUUCCACUCGCUGAGCCAGCGCGCCGCGGGGCUGCUGCCGCGCCACGAGACAGUGUUCCCGCUGAGGCACGACUCGUCCAACUGCGACCUGGGCCGCCACCCCACCCGCGCGCCGCAGCACGCGCUCAUGACGCUGGCGGACCCGCCCGCCUCCCGGCUCGCCUGCGACCCUGGCGGCCACCCGCGCAACCUCCACCUCGCCAUGCUGCUGCUGGGAGGCGCCACCGUGCCGGCGGCCGUCUGCCUCGCCUUCAACGCCGACCGCCUCGGCAGGAAGUUCUUCCUCGUGGUGAGCCACCUGGUGUCCGGGUACGUGAUGUUCCUGUGGUUCCUGUCGCAAGACCCGGCCACGGCCAUGGUACUCGCCGCCGGGUACCAGGCGACCUGCUCAGUGGCUGCCGCGAGCAGCCAGUGCUUCGCGGUGGAGCUGGCCAGCUCCAAAGUCAGGGCAACCUGCGUGGCAUGUCUGCUGUUCGCCGAGCGGCUAGGCUUCGUCAUGGCUGACUUGGGUUUCUUGUUUGGUUUGGACGUGAGCUGCGUUGGCUUUGACAUCUUCAUGGCAAUCUUAGUUACACUGAGUGGAGGAAUGAUACUCAGUCUACCCGACACCAGUGGGAUUCCGCUUCGAUAAAUUGUUGCUUUAUGCUGGAAAACAUGCAAUUUGUUUGGGAAUAAAACUGCAAGUUAUUGAAGGCAGCCAUAA